AUGUCUCCCAACAAAAUUGGGGAAAUUAGGGAUUUUGAACCCAAAAUUCCAGCAAGGUGCUCUUCAGCUCCGUUGGCUUUGACUUCUGUUCCAAUCUACCUCUCAUUCUGGUUUGGUAAUACUUUGGGUAAUACCUCUGUUUCGUCGUUUUCAUUCUUUAACCUGUUUGCCGCGCGCGCUCUUUUACCACAUACCUUUGACUCCACUAUGAUCCGAGAUACCUGCAAGAUCAACAGAACUUCGGGUCUUAUGGAUGGUCUCUAUCUCCUUAAUGUUUUCGUCAUCCGUGCUUGUCUAUCUCAAAAUAUCUGGGCUGUUCAAUUCCCUGACAUGAUGGUUUGUAGUGGCCCUAAUGUUGAUCCAUCCACGUUGCUCGGCACGGCUGCAACGCUAAUACCAAGGACUACACCGCACGGUUGCGCAUGUAACACAUCUUGGCCCUUGCAAUUACAGCAAUGGCGUCCCAUCUUUGGCCCAACCCUGUUGGCAUCAGUUCAGGGCAAAGUACCGGCUGUCGUCACUGUUCUGUGGUCAUCGGUUUUAGAGCUACAUUCCGAGCUAAAAAUUCCUAAUCGACAGCCGCAUUAA